AUGUCAGAGUCAAACCAACAUAGAGAGCACCGAAAACGUCAUCCAUUAAGAGAAGACUCUUCAGUAGCUGGUGACGGAAAAGGAAAACUUAUUGCUGUUAUUGGUGAUGAGGACACUUGUGUUGGAUUUCUCUUGGGAGGUGUGGGCGAAAUAAAUAAAAAUCGCCAGUCGAAUUUUAUGGUUGUCGAUAAAAACACUGCAGUUGGUGAUAUUGAAGACACAUUUAAACAAUUUGUGAAACGCGAUGAUAUUGAUAUUAUUCUCAUCAAUCAAAAUGUCGCUGAAAUGAUUCGUCAUGUUAUUGACAGUCACACACAACCUGUCCCAGCAGUCUUAGAAAUACCCAGUAAAGAUCAUCCCUAUGAUGCUAGUAAAGAUUCUAUUCUUCGACGUGCUAAGGGUAUGUUUAAUCCAGAAGAUAUUCAUGGAUCUGCAUAA